GGAAGUCGGCGAGUUCCCGGGCGUGUGUCUGUGUCUGCAAGCGGCGCGCGGCCCGGGAUUAGCGCUGGGGAUUCCCGUCUGAGGCGUCACCACUGUCACUACCAUCACCCACGAAGCCACUUCUAGAGGGGAGUAGACCCGGCCCUUCGCCGGGCAUUGAAGAUGUUGCCCCUGUCCAUCAAGGACGAUGAAUACAAACCACCCAAGUUCAAUCUGUUCGGCAAGAUCUCGGGCUGGUUUAGGUCUAUCCUGUCGGACAAGACGUCUCGGAACCUGUUUUUCUUCCUGUGCCUGAACCUCUCUUUCGCUUUUGUUGAACUCCUCUACGGCAUCUGGAGCAACUGCUUAGGCUUGAUUUCCGACUCUUUUCACAUGUUUUUCGAUAGCACUGCCAUUUUGGCUGGACUGGCAGCGUCUGUUAUUUCAAAAUGGAGAGAUAAUGAUGCUUUCUCUUAUGGGUAUGUUAGAGCGGAAGUUCUGGCUGGAUUUGUCAAUGGUCUAUUUUUGAUCUUCACUGCUUUUUUUAUUUUCUCAGAAGGAGUUGAGAGAGCAUUAGCCCCUCCAGAUGUACACCACGAGAGACUGCUUCUUGUUUCAAUUCUUGGGUUUGUGGUAAACCUAAUAGGAAUAUUUGUUUUCAAGCAUGGAGGUCAUGGACAUUCUCAUGGCUCUGGCCAUGAACACAGUCAUUCCCUUUUUAAUGGUGCUCUGGAUCAGGCCCAUGGCCAUGGAGAUCAUUCCCAUAGUCAUGAACUGAAACAUGGUGCUGUGCAUAGCCAUGAUCAUGCUCAUGGUCACGGACACUUCCAUUCCCAUGAUGGUCCAUCCUUAAAAGAAACGACAGGACCCAGCAGACAGAUUUUACAAGGUGUAUUUUUACACAUUCUAGCAGAUACACUCGGAAGUGUCGGUGUGAUCGCCUCUGCCAUCAUGAUGCAAAAUUUUGAUCUGAUGAUUGCAGAUCCUAUUUGCUCAAUCCUGAUAGCAAUACUCAUAGUGGUAAGUGUUAUUCCUCUUUUAAGAGAGUCUGUUGGAAUAUUAAUGCAGAGAACUCCUCCCCUGUUGGAAAAUACUCUGCCUCAGUGCUAUCAGAGGGUAAGUUUCAAAGCUUCCAAACCAUUGGAUUUUAUGUUGCUUCCAAGCUGUUAGGGUUUUUAACUUUUAUAAAUAUGGGUAGC